AAAAUGGCUGCUAUUUAUUGAGUUAAUAUACAAAGACAUGCAAUAUGACAGGAUGAUGACUGUGUGUGUAACGUAACAGCAAUAUUGCCAUCUCAAUAAUACGACCCACAUGGCAGCAUGAAAUUGUUCAUAUAUUUAAUGAGUCCGAGGGCAAUUAGGGCAUAUUAUGACAAUGCUAUACUUUUUAAACUCUAUUUUUUAACACUACAGAGCUCCUCGUUUCCGAAAAGACGUUUUGCUCUUGAAUGCAGCUCACCUCGCCUUCAAGCCAAGCUAAUGAGAGUGUAAACUAGCUGCCUUAUUUCCAACAAAAGGACGUCUUGGGGGAAGUCUCGCAGGGAAUCAUCACCUUUUCUCAGUAAAAUCCGCCAAGGAUUGUCUGCGUGCAACAGGAGGUAAGGAUUAAAAGAUGGAACAAAUGGUGACGCCAGCCAGCCAGCCAGCCAGGACAGGCCGGGGGCGGGUCCCAGCGACACCCACAAUUAAAGAUGAACUUUGCGUGAACUAAUUUAUCUGCGGGAGGAGAAGGUGACAGGCUGAGUCCUCGCUUCGCCUAUAAAAGGCGCCGAAAGAGGAGCCGGGACCCUCACUUUUGGUCGACCGACGUCCACCUGAGCUGCUAAGGAGGACGCUGCAUAUUCCAACAUGGCUCUGAGCACGCUGCUGGCCACCUUCCUGUGCACCAUAGUGCUGCCCGUUUUACUCUUUCUGGUGGCCGUCAAGCUGUGGGAAGUUUACAUGACCCGCGGCAGAGACCCGAGCUGCCCCAGCCCGCUCCCUCCCGGAUCCAUGGGCUUGCCUUUCUUCGGGGAGACGCUGCAACUCAUCCUGCAGAGGAGAAAGUUUCUGCGCAUGAAGCGCCAGAAGUACGGCUACAUUUACCGGACUCACCUGUUUGGGAACCCCACCGUGCGCGUCACGGGAGGCGACAACGUCAGGCAGAUUCUCCUGGGGGAGCACAAGCUGGUGUCCGUGCAGUGGCCCGCGUCUGUGCGCACCAUCCUGGGCUCGGACACGCUGUCAAACGUGCACGGAGCGCAGCACAAAACCAAGAAAAAGGCCAUCAUGCGAGCCUUCUCCAGGGAAGCGCUAGAACUCUACAUCCCGGUCAUCCAGGAGGAGGUGAGAGCUGCAGUCAAAGACUGGCUGGCGAGGGACUCCUGUGUGCUGGUCUACCCGGAGAUGAAGCGACUGAUGUUCCGCAUUGCCAUGAGGAUCCUGCUUGGCUUCGAACCGGAGCAGAUUCGAACUGACGAGCAGCAGUUGGUCGAAGCGUUUGAGGAAAUGAUCAAGAAUUUGUUUUCGCUGCCGAUCGAUGUCCCCUUCAGCGGCCUGUACAGGGGUCUGAAAGCUAGAAACUUCAUCCACUCCAAGAUAGAGGAGAACAUCAAGAAGAAGAUCCAAGACUCGGAGAAGGAGUCCAAACAUGGAGAUGCUCUACAGCAGCUCAUAGACAGCUGCAGGAAGAACGGCGAGCCCUUCAGCAUGCAGGCUAUUAAGGAGUCUGCUACAGAACUGCUGUUUGGGGGCCAUGAAACCACCGCCAGCACGGCCACCUCUCUUAUUAUGUUCCUGGGCCUGAACCCUGAAGUGGUGGACAAACUCCGGCAGGAGCUGACUGACAGGGAGGAGGAAGGAAUGCAACUCCAGAGUCUGAACAUCGAGUCUUUGGAGCAACUGAAGUACACUGGAUGUGUCAUUAAAGAGACGCUAAGGAUUAACCCUCCUGUCCCUGGAGGUUUCAGAGUAGCGCUGAAGACUUUCGAACUCAACGGCUAUCAAAUUCCCAAAGGCUGGAAUGUCAUCUACAGUAUCUGCGACACCCACGACGUGGCCGAUAUCUUCCCCAACAAGGAGGACUUCCAGCCCGAACGCUUCAUGACAAAAUCCUCCAGCAACUCAUCCAGGUUCCAGUACAUCCCUUUCGGCGGGGGCUCACGUAUGUGCGUCGGGAAGGAGUUCGCCAAGGUCCUGCUGAAGAUCUUCCUGGUGGAAGUGGUCACCAAGUGUCACUGUACACUUUUAAACGGGCCCCCCAUGAUGAAAACGGGACCGACCGUUUAUCCUGUGGACAAUCUGCCAACCAAGUUUACCCACUAUGUUCAAAACUAGACGAGUAGUCGUCGCUGAGCCGCAGAUAAUCUCUUUUUUUUUUUACCUCAAAGCUACAAUUUUGGAAGCACUCGUGUGUUCCUAGGAACCCCCUCAAAGGUUGGAUUGCUCAUUGUAAAUGUAUGUGUACAUACUGUGAAUAUUUUCUAUUACAGUGGAUUUGUACAUAGUUUUUUUUUAAAUAUAAGAUUAAACUAAACAUGAGGCACUAUUCAGAUGUUGGAACACUAAUCAGUUCAGAGGUGUAUCUUUAGGAUCUUGUACAUAUGUAGAGUCGCUUAUAUAACUUUUCUAUCUUCAACUUAUUUAAGUGCUAUAUUGUGUUGGAUUUUAAUUUAAUAAUAAAAACAUU